CGGCGUGUUCCGGGCAGAGGCCUGCGGGACCCCACCGGGUACCUCAGGUCGGACCGCCCAGAGGCGCGCUCCCGGAAGCUGCCCGCCUGCGGGUGGCGAGAAAAGCUAUGGCUACCGCUGUGAUGCUGUGUGCUGCGCGGGCUGUGCGGCCUCCGAGCUGGAUCCCUGGUACCUGCCAGGCACAGGUCAGACACACCCACCAGAGAGCUUCCUUGCUGUCCUUCUGGGAACUCAUCCCCAUGAGAGCAGAACCUCUACGAAAGAAGAAGAAGGUAGACCCUAGAAAGGAUCAAGCAGCAAAGGAUCGCUUGAAAAAGAGGAUCCGAAAACUGGAAAAAGCCACCCAAGAACUGAUUCCUAUUGAAGAUUUUAUUACCCCUGUGAGGUUCUUGGAUAAAUCAAGACAGCGACCUCAGGAGGAGCAUUCUUUUGAGGAAAGUGAGCGGAGAGCUCUUCUGCUGAAGAGGUGGGCACUGUAUAAGCAGCAGGAGCAUAAGAUGGAGAGGGACACCAUCAGAGCCAUGCUGGAAGCCCAGCAGGAAGCCCUGGAAGAGCUGAAACUUGAGUCUACAGAGCUAUAUGCCGAGGCCAUAAAGCGGGACACUAGCCUAUUCCCCUUUGAGAAAGAAGGGCCACAUUACACGCCACCUAUCUCCAACUACCAGGCCCCUGAAGGCAGGUACAAUGACAUCACCAAGGUGUACACACAAGUAGAAUUCAAAAAAUAGAACUGAAAACUGCUAUUCUCAAACCAUGCUGGCCCUAGGAGUCUGGACUAGCAAUAUAAAGUUGACUUCCCACAGAUAAGUCAUCCCAGGAACAAAUAAAGGGUAAUUAAAAAUGUC